AUGACAGUGCCCGCCAGGCGUUCUAUCCCCAACGUCACCAAGAGCACGGGCGUCCAGACCUCCCCGGACCCCAAGGGCCGUUACAAGACGUUCCCCUUGGAGAGGAAGAAGCGUUCCAGCCACACCGUUAAGCAUGUGGCGGUGGUGGAGAGCCGCCAGGGACACAACAACAGCUCGGUCCUCCACGUCAGGCACCCGAAAGCUGUGGAAGGUUCAGGGGACGGGGACGGGGAGGAGGGCGCCUGCGGUGGAGGGGGAGUGCAGAGUACCAGGGCCCUGUUGCAUACUACAGAGUGCAAGGCUACGGUGGAGCAGCACUGUUCGGACGGACCAGAUGGCGUGCUCUACUCCGACUCUCUGAUGCUCACAGAGUGCCUCCCUACCUCCAACCCACGGCCCACGGACUACCAGAUCUGCAGCGUCAAAUCCAAACCCCGGAAAGGAUUGGAACACAGGGAACUGGACUCCUCGGACAGUUGCUCGGACCGUUUCGGCCAGAGGGGGUCCUCCCCAGCCUCUAAGGUGACCGGCCCCAUCGCUUGGAACGCUCUGACCCAGGUGGAGUGUCUGGAGAGCCCGACAGCACGGAGCAAACGAAAGAAGGGGCUACCGCUCAACGGACUACAGUCUCAGACUCUACCGCGGGCUGCUGGGUGGACUACCCAGGCACAGUGCCAUGAACCAGCACCGUUCUCACCACAGACGCUGUCACCCCGGACCAUGGGGGAGACGGUGGGCUGUGGGGGCGGCAGGGUUGAACCAGCGACUGUAGCGACUGCGGGGGGAGUUAACCCCGGGGAGGCCUGUAAGCAGAUAGUACCGGUAGUGACUCAGGGAGGGGGUGGAGGUGGGGAUGUGAAAGCACAGCUCCAGGCCAUGGAGAACCUGGCGACUCAGGGAGGGGGUGGAGGUGGGGAUGUGAAAGCACAGCUCCAGGCCAUGGAGAACCUGAUCUCCUCCAGCCAAGAGACCAUCAAGGUGCUACUGGGAGUCAUCCAGGAGCUGGAGAAGGGAGAGGCCCACAGAGAGGGCCUCUCCUAUCGAACCGGACAGGACACGGCCAACUGUGACACGUGUCGGAACAGCGCAUGCAUAAUUUACAGGUGA